UUCAAACCAUAUCAAACACGUUUUUACGUCGCCUAUCUCUGUUUAAUUUUAAUACACAACCAGUUCCUGUGAAUGUGGACGAAAUGUUCAACAAAAAGCCGCGGAGAAACUUUCGGCAACGAAAGGCGAACUCAAGUGACGAGGAGGAAGAUAAAAAGAGCAUCGAAGAUGGAGAGGAUAAUGAGAAAGCAGCCGUUAUGGCGAACAAGUCGUCUAAACUGGCUCAGGGCCGCGGCAUCUCUUGCAGCUCCAAGCGGGAACCAACGCCUCCCAAGCAGUGCAGCAAUGACGGGGAAGACGCGGAGACGUUGGAAGUUACAGAAGAAAUUAAAGACGGGAAGAAAGACAAACGUGGGAUGAAGAAGAAAACGGACGCAAUGCUUAGUUUCACUGACGACAAAGAAGCUGAAGAAACUACUUUCACCGUGAAGAAGUCCUCUGAUAAAGCUGUGCUGUUCCAGGUAAGGAAGAAGGAGGCUUCAACUGCAAAAACCACCCACAGCACAGCCCCAGUUGGUGGACGUAUACCUCAGUCUGCUUCUCCAAGGUUGGAUUCUGACAGAGAGUCUGUAGCUUCACCACAGUCUCAGCAGCCUUAUGAUGAUGACAAUGAUGAUAAUGAAGAAAAGGAUUAUGACAAUAAGAGUGAUGAAAGUGGUGCCCUGUCUCCCUCAGCAAGCUCAACCUCAGACUCCAGCCAUUCAUCUGUUAACCCAAUAGUUAUCUCAAAUGCUAAAGAGAUCGAGGCAGCCAGGAGACAGCGUCAUGCUCACCGAGCCAAGAAAGAGUUCAUCCCCCUGGGCAGAGAUGGCCACAGCUCCGCUGGUAGCACCCCUGAUCACUACAGCAGGGAAGGUGAAGAAGACGGGGGCAAUGAUGAUGACGAUGAUGAACUAGACGAUCACGAGAGGAGAAUCGAGUUCGCCCCACGACUAAAGAGCAUCAGGGAGAGGAUUGCUGAGAAACUUGGAGCAAGUGAUGCCAGUCUCUCAGGGACUGAUGAGGAGGAGCAGGAACUUUGGGAGGAGACACAGAUUGAAAAGGGAGUCAAGAGACAUCCAGGAGAACUGAGUCCAUCUGGCAGUGAAUCUAGCAGUUACAGCAGCAGCAGUAGCAGCAGGCGAAACAGACGAAACCCAAAGAAGAGACCAACAAUGGUCCCAAAAGCCCUCCCUCCUGUCAGUGUCUCAAUGAUCAAGAAAAGGAUCACAGGAAAACUAGAGUCCUUGAAGGAGGUGCACAGAGCACGGCAGGCUGAGCUGAGGAGGAUGGAGGGCGAUGUUGACAGCGCUAAAACCUCGAUGGAGACUCUGGAGGAAAGUUCCCCUGAGAACCAGCUGAAGUUUUACAGAACCAUGAACCUCUAUGUCCACAACCUGGUGGAGUGUUUACGAGAGAAGGUUGUGGAGAUCAACUCUCUGGAGCUGGAGCUACACACUCUGCUGUGCGACCAGAUGGAGGCGCUGACGGCACAGAGACGUCUAAGCAUCAAGGAGCAGGCUGAUCACCUGCAGCAGCUCAGCUAUGGCAAAGAUGAGCAGAGUGAAGGUUCAGCCAAUGGAACACAAAGUCAGAUCAAGGAGGAUUCUGAUAUUAAAGCUGAGGAAGAUUUAAAUAUACCUGAAGAUGCACAGCCAUCUGCAGAAGAAGAGGAGCAGCUACAGAAGAAGAAAGCUGAUAUCACAUCAAGGUCUCAGGCUGUGUUUUCUGAUGUCCAGGAUGACUUUUGUGAUGUUAAGAAGAUUCUGUCUCGCUUUGAAGAAUGGAGAGGAUGUUACUCUGACACUUACCACAAUGCCUACAUCUCUCUGUGUCUGCCCAAACUGCUGAACCCAAUCAUAAGACAUCAGCUGCUGGCAUGGAACCCAGUGAAGGAUGACAGUGGGGAGUUUGAAAAUUUCCCAUGGUUCACAGCAGUGGAGACGUUUUGUCACGGUCAUGGCCAUGAAGAGCUGGAGCACACAGAUAGACAAACACUGUCUAGCAUCAUAGAAAAGACAAUUCUACCCAAAAUAACAGCAUUUGUGGACCUGAUUUGGGAUCCCGUGUCCCGACAUCAGUCAUCCUGUCUGUCUGAAGUUUGCCUCAGACUGAAGGAGGACUAUUCUAUCUUUGAAGGAGAGCAGACCAAACCUGUCAAGGCAUUUGUUGAGGCUGUGACACGCCGACUGAGGAGCUGUGUAGAUGAAGAUAUCUUCAUUCCUCUUUACCCAAAAAAGCUCUUAGAAGACAGGUCGUCUCCUCAGCGUCAUUUCAGGGAUCAACAGUUCUGCACUGCCAUAAAACUACUGGGUAACAUGGGAAAAUUUGACCUGCUGCUUCCUGAGUAUGUGCUGAAGGAACUGAUGUUGGACAAACUCCUGAACAGAUACCUGAUGAUCACUCUCAGCAGUCAGACACUGGGCAACAGUGCUGUUCAUGCAUGCAGAAUGAUUGCAGACAGUUUGCCGCUCUCUUGGCUCAAAGGACAAGAUGUUUGUUUACCUCAGCUGCAGAAUUUCAAAAACUACUUGGUUCAGAGGGUUCAUACCACAUGCAAACAGCAGUCUCCUAAAGAUCCUAGCACAAGGUCUGCUGUGCUCCAAGUGCUGCAGGUUCUCAGUAAAAUCAGAUGCAAUAAUUCCAUCAUGACUUUGGCUGAAAAAUAUCACUAUGAAGAUCUCAUCUACUCUCACCAGCUGCUGAACCAAGAGGCCGUAUGAAGCAGGGACAUAGAAGAAAAGACGUUGCAAACAUGGUGCUUUGCAGUAAUCCAAGAUGUGUCACAGCCAGAGAGAGGACUUUUUUAUAAUUGUGAAAAUUUGCUAUCUCUUUAUACAGGAGAAAACUGUAUUUUAUUAAUAAAUAAUAUAACUUUC